AUGGCAAAGAAUAGGUACAGAAAGAUUACCAGCACUACACAAGCGGGAAAAGUGAGCUUUUUCUCCACACUUUUUUUCCAGUGGAUGAACAUUUUACUGAAGACGGGAAGUGAACGAGCUAUUGAUGAAAAUGAUCUUUUACCUCUUGAAAAAGAAAAUACAUCUUGCUUUUUGGCAGAGGAGCUUCGGGCAAAAUGGGCUGAAGAAACAACUAAUAGCAAGAAAAAUGAUAUUAAACCAAAACUUUGGAAAAGCAUACUGAAGGUGCUAACUGCGAGGGACAUAAUAAUCCUCAUUUCAGCUAUGAGUGUCUGGACACUUUGUCGUAUUCUCCAACCACUGCUUCUUGGAUAUCUUGUGAAAUCCCUGAUCACAGCAGAGCUACACAAUAUGUAUCUUCUCUAUGGCAGUGCUAUCGCACUAGGGAUAAAUGAAUUCAUCUCUUCUGUUGGCAUGCACCACUUUGACUACCAGUGUGAGGUGCUGGGUAUCAGAGUAAGCAGCGCCCUUAAAGGCUUAGUGUAUAUGAAGGUAAUGAGAACAAGUUAAUUGUCAGAGGAGACCGUGCAUAAAUGUACCCAUUUAAGUGUAUAUGACAAGAUUUUGAUCCUUAGAUAAGGUUAAUUGACAAUCAUGAACCUUCAAAAAAUGUCGUUGGUGGCUCCCGAUUCUGGUCGCUGCUCUGUGUUUUCUGUCAUUAAGCGAUGCAUGACUAUAACGAAGGUAUAGCAAAGUAAAUGAAGAUUCUGGUGAUGACUGGGGAAUUUUCGACAAUGACCAUCAUUCUGUAUUCUUUCAAAUCAUUCUACGUCAUAAUUCAGUUAAUUUCCCUGCGCGAAAGGGCCGAACAUUUUUGAAGGCAAAUUCGCGUGUUUUAAAGACGAAAAAUAUAGGUUUUGCAAGAUCUUUGACUAGUUGAAAAUUUCGGAUACAUAUUAUAAACAUGAUGAAGAAUCAAAAACGACAAAAAGUCUUUCCUUCUCCAUUUUCAGUCCUAUUCUUUUUGUUGCUGAGCUUGACGGGAAAAGACAAAUAACGUCGUUCACACGUCGACAACGACGAUGAUGAUGGUAAUGAAUGAUGAUGAGCUCUAAAAACCCUCCUUGUCACUAUUUCGCUUGAGCAAAUGUCAACAUUUCAAUAAUAAUACUGAUAAGGAGGUGAGCUAAACCCGGUUAGCCAACCCAGUUAACUGAACUGGCUUGGGCCCCAAAUAGAACUUAUGAGUCAGACGCCUAAUAUGAAAAGGCGCUAAGAUAAGAAAGUCAUUGAUUAGGGGAGGACACACUCAAAUUCGUUAUUGGGCGAUCGCAAAUAAAAGUUACGAACCUAUGAUAGAGAACGUUUGUUCAUAAUCAAACUGGAAAUAUAAGUAUAAUUAACUUAACGUUUUGUCCUUUUAAAUCAAGAUAGAUACAUAACGAAACAUAUCGAAACACGUAGUGAGCUGCAUUAGUAUAAUUUUUACGACACUCUUCGGUCUUUGUCUGGCUAUUCGUUGUUGGUUGUGGAAAAGUCGCUUGUGAAAAAGCUCCUCUUUUAAAUAACAACUUCAUGUAAAGACAAAUAUACGAUCUUUGGCUCUCUCUUGCAGACGCUUCUUCUCAGCAAGGAUUCAUUGCUAAGACUUUCAUCUGGUCGAGUUAUUGAUCUAGUAUCGAACGAUGUUCAGCGAUUGGAGGGCGAUACGUUUUUGUUUCUUUUUGAUGGAGCACGAAGCAUUAUAGAGCUAUUAAUAGUAACAUUUUUACUGGUCUAUUUUAUCGGAUGGCAGGCUUUAUUGGGGAUUAUCUUACUGUGUAUGACUCUACCAUGUUACCUUGGGUUCGCUCAUGCUGGAGCUGUACUGCGCCUGCGUACAGCAGAGGUUUCUGAUCGCCGCAUCACGUUGAUCAACCAGGUUGUUACUGGAAUUCGCGCCAUCAAAACAAAUGCAUGGGAAGAUGAAUAUAGAAAAAAGAUAAAGAACACACGAAGGUAAGAAAAACUUUACGAUUUUGCUUAAAUCAAAGUUUAGGUGGAUUUAGUAAAUAUUUAAUUCUAUAUUCUUAUAUGACAACAAAAUCUAGUCAGAUUACAAAGGAAAUCAUUAAGAUGAAGAGCAAAUAUAUCUUUGGAAAAGAUGAAUAGAUAGUCAAAUUGUUAAAUAUGUGGCCAAACUGUAAAAGGUUUAAACCCAGGAGUCAUUUCAAAAGUAUGUGAGUUUGAUCCUCCGGGUGAACAUAGUCCUAAAUAGGACUGUUGUUGUUGACAGUGACUGACGUUUCGAAAACCUUUGCUGUAGUCAUCUUUAGAUUCAAAGUGAGUUGUAUGACGCCAUUUGAUGGUAUUAUACUCUGGUUAUUGAUCUGAUUGGUCAAUUAAUAACGUCGCGAUGUUAUUGGUCGUCUGUCAGUUAAGUUGUGAUGCUAUUGGCUAUAAAGACUCGUAAUGUAAUUGGUGCGUUUCGAUCCGUUUAUUGUCACAGUUAAACAGUCGUCUAUUGUUAGUCAAAUUGAAGACCAUACUUUCAAGUUUUUUUAAUAACAUUUCCUGAGCAAAAUAAAUUUGUAUCAUCCGCGAACAGAAUAAAAGAUAGCUUAUUAGUAGACUUCAUUAGAUCAUUAAUAUAGAUUGAAAAAAGAAGAGGACCAACGAAAGAUCCUUGUGGAACACCACAUUUUAUAGUAUUUUGAUAUGUUGUUUUUGAAAAUUUAACAGAUGCUGUAUAUCAAUUAAUUGUUAACCUCUGAUACCAAAAUAGGUUAAUGCUUUGUAAUUAAGGUCAUUUGGGGACUGCUUAGUAAAAGCCUGUAAAGGUUUCUUUAGUCCUCCUACAUCUAUUUAUAAUUGUUUUUAAACUGCUGUAACUUGUAUUUACCGAAAUGGAAAUAUAGUUACUUACUUAUCAUAUGCACUGCCAUAAAGACCUGCAAGGCUUUUCUCCCAACACACACUUCUCCUGUUUGAAGACUGAAGAAUGAAAAGGAACUUGCAAUGUUAUAUACAGGGGUUUUGCUUCCAAGGCAAUUUUAUCAUCAUUUGCUUGGCUGCACAUAGGCUAAGAAAUAGCACCCUAGGCCAAGAACCAUGCCAUUUUCUCAAACAUUUGCAGCUUCCUAGUAUGACUGAAAAAAUAUUUUGUUUUAUUUACAGUCAUGAAAUCAAUUUCGUUCGUAAGAAGAGUGCUGUUUUGUCGGGCAUUGCUGCUCUAGAGUACAUUUCAACACCAACGGCGACCCUGGUGACUGUCAUCACUCUUGUUCUAACUGGUCAAUCCUUGACACCAGUUAUCGUCUUUACGUUACUCUCCUUUUUCAAUCUGUUGAGGCUAGGCGUCUGUAUGAUCGUUUCCUACGCCUCCAUCCAAACCUACGACGCUUAUGUCUCACUGACCAGAAUACAGGAAUUUCUUCUUUUGAACAAUCUCAAUUCAACUAACACCGCCAUAAAUCAUCGAGGCGUAAGAGAAGACAUGUUUUCACCUGGAAUCUCAACAGAAAAUCAGGAAGUAGCUAUCUUACGGGUAAGAAAUUUCAAUCAGCAUCAACUACAAAAUUAUUCGAAAGAUGAAUCCUUUCAGCGAGAUAUUGAUUUCACCGCUAAAAAGGGAAGUUUGACAGUCAUAACUGGAUCAGUGGGCAGUGGCAAAUCUACUCUUCUGUCAGCAAUUGCAGGUGAGAUACCAGACCAGAACUGGGCCAUAACCUACAAUGGAACUGUUGUUUAUGUGCCACAGAUUGCUUGGAUAUUCUCUGGAACUAUUAGAGAAAACAUUUUGUUUGGCGAACAGUACGAAGAAUGGAAGUACAACAGAGUCAUUGAAGCAUGUGCUCUGACUGAAGACAUCGAGAAAUUUCCAGACUGUGACCAAACGAUCGUUGGAGAGCGUGGAGUGGUUCUUAGUGGAGGCCAGCGGGCAAGAGUAAGCUUAGCACGUGCAGUGUAUGCCGAAGGAGAGCUUUACUUGCUGGAUGAUCCUUUUAGUGCUUUGGACUUGAAAGUUGCUCAGCACAUCUUUAGGGAAUGCAUCAAAGGCUUACUUGGGCAGAAAACCAGAUUGCUGACAACUCAUCAUGAACGUGUCAUACGAGACGCCGACGACAUAAUUGUAUUGUGCAAAGGCCGGAUAUUGGGUAAGGGAAGUUUAACUGAGCUAAAAGAAAACGGCAAGCUGAAUACUACUGUAGAUUCGCUGCAUGAGAAAGCUAAUGAGGCGGAUGGUCGCGUUGGUAAAGAAAAUGAAGACGACCAUCAGAUUACUGACUUGAGUGGAGGAAGUGUACCCCAUGAAGUGCGGGGUCUCAGCUUAUCAGAAGAAGAUCGCGCCAUCGGGGCGGUUUCAUCAGACCUCUACUGGAAUUACUUUACAAUCGGAGUACCUUCGCUGGUAAUCAUUGCAGGGAUUUGCUUGUGUGUUAUCAGUCAAGGUAAGGUCUUACGAUAAUAGGAAUUUAACCUUACCUUCAUAGCACAAAAAUAUAGCCCUUCAAGUAAAAGGUGUAAAGUUCAAAACUCCUUCAGGGUCAACCCAUGAUAAGUUGGCUGACUCUGAAUGGAACAAAAUCUGUAUUAUCCCCUCGUCUGUGGUUAACUGUUAAUCGUCUCCCUUAGUAAUCAUGCCCUAGCGAUGUAGCGUACUGUUUUGUGUGAUACGUUAGCUGAUCCUGUUGAUCUUUUAAUCAUCUCCUAUAACUGAAUACCGUUGAAUUCCACACUUGGAUUCCCUUCUAACUUUGGCUUUAUACAAUCAAAAAUGGUGUCAGGCACAGGAUCCUACAGCAGGAGUACGAGGGUAGUGUAAACGACACUUUUUUCGCCUCACCUAGCAUGAAAGAACACUAACACGCCAAACGAAGAAAUAACUAAGAUACUGGAAUCGGGAACGCCAAGCUUGCCAGUCACGCUAUUGCCUAAGUUCGAAGAAACGAGCUUUUGAAUGGGCUCAUUCCAGACAGUCAACCCAAAAAGUGAAGGCGUGAGAACGACCGCAUCAAAUGUUAAUAUUUCUGCUCCGGCAAAUUUCGAUCGCAGUGCAAACGAUUAAGACCACUAGAUAAAGCGUUACGAAGUAGGCAACAACGAAACUGGAUGAGUUGUCAGAUGAAGUGCGUAUAAAUUGCGAAGCUUUUGCAAGCAGCUGAGCCUCCAUUGCUUUAGAAACUGGAAAACUAUCAAUGCGAGAAAAUGUUACUAUGAUGUCAACUUACACCCAUACGUACACCCGUACAGACUCUCGGAGAGAGGGAGGGGAGACUGCCAGGGAGGUCCCAAACAUGCAUCCUGCGUUUGUUCUGGUGGAAAGAGACAGAGACGACCAAUGGAGUUGCUCCAGUAAAACUCUUGAUGUUUCUAUUGUUUGACUUACGAAAAAACUUUCAAAAAUAUAUUUUUAGGCUUUUCUUUUUAUCUUGGUCACGCUUUGGCCACACUCCAAGACUAAUGUAGUUCAGAUUGAUGAAAAUUGCGAAAAUUAUAUUUAUGCGUAAAAACUUGCCGAACACCUUGAAAUUUGUUUUAUGAUAAAUGGAGCUUUAGAUUAAAUGUAUUUUUAGUUUUUAACUUUUCCUGCUCUUUCAAAUGCCCCCACCAAAUGUAAUAUAACUGAAGCUGCUAUCAGGAUUCUUCUGUCAUUCAAAGCUGGUUUCAUUUUUUGUUUAUUUUUGUCGUUGAAGAAAGCCUCGAAUAUUUUAAAGUCAAUGGGAUUCAUCGAUGACUGCGUUUUUUUUAAAUCUCAUGCAAGCUUACAGUAAAGUACAAGAAAAGUCUUAGGCAUUUCUGGCCUCGCAUACGGAUUUCAGGAGCUGCAUCUCAGUUGAGCUAAAGUAUUUAUUUAUUUAUUUUAUUUUUUGCUGGUUUUUGAAAUUGAGUAAUUAUCUCCUUUCACUCAUAAUAAUGCAUGUUUAUCAGGUUUGAAAUACACUGACUUAUAAAUAAACAACAUGUUUUCCUGUUACGAAUGCUCAGUUGCCGUAUUGCUUGUAAAAGGAUUAAAGCUUUAAGCGUAAUUCUUUUUUCACGGUAUCAUUCACUGUUCGCAAUUCCAAACGCAAAGCUGGUUGAAAACACAGACAAAAAAUCAAGGUUUAAACAGGGUUUUUUUAGAAACAGCUUUGCUGUGCAGACACAAAAAUAUGUCUGACCGCAUGCAUCUCUGACCCUUUCCUGCCUGAUUAUCUAUUUAGUGAUGCUGGUUUCUUGCGAUGUGUGGUUGUCGCUUUUGACAAAGAAGUAUCCCGAGGAUCAAAAGAGUGAGACGAACCUUAUCAUCUACACUUCUUUUGUCGGGGCAUCUUUCAUAUUUCUCAUCAUUCGGGCUUUUGGCUUCUUUAUGGUAUCAUUACGAUGUACUGAGCGACUUCAUGAUAAAAUGGUGGCUGCUGUUCUGCAAGCACCAGUCGUUUUCUUCGAUUUAAAUUCCGUGGGAAGAAUUAUGAAUCGGUUCUCUAAAGAUAUUGGCUGCAUGGAUGAAGUACUACCCAAAAAAUUUCUGAAAGCGGUACAGAGGACCUUGUUGAUGUUCACGUCGAUUCUUCUGCCAACUGUCAUAAACCCUUGGCUUCUGUUUGUUGUUGUGCCAAUAGCUAUAAUAGCGGGACUUAUUUCCAGAUAUUACUUAAAGACAUCUAGGGAACUACAAAGGUUGGAAUCAGUUAGUCGCAGUCCCGUCUUUUCUCACAUUUCUGAGACUCUGGAUGGACUGGACACAAUUCGAACUAGAAAAAAGGAAGAAGAUUUCUUGGAUGAGUUUUGCAGGUAUUUAUUAUUUGUUCAUUAUUUGUUGAAUAGUCUUAUUUUGUAACCUAAAUAGCUUAAGACUGAAUUAAAAAAAACUGGAUGAAUAUUAGGGACUGAAAAACGAAGAAAUCGAAUUCAAUUAUAUAGGAAAGUAGCCAGGCUCCCACGCAGACGCGUACGUUCGUUUCGUCAAGCAAUCCUUCCCAACGAACGUUUCGUGGGGCAGCAACGCGUGACGAAUCCCUAAGAACGUCUGCGUGGAUGGCUGGUAGGAAAGCCAACUAGUUCAAAAAAUUAUUUCCGAUAAAGCGCAUAAAGCGUUUCCGAUAGGAGUGAUGUCUAUACUAUAAUAACAUGGAGCGAAGUGGCACCAGCGAGAAAAACAUCGAAAGGGACUUAAAAGUAUCAAGACGCCUUGAGGCGUUCACGCGGGAUGCGUUGGUGUAUGUGAGGGCUAUUUGAAUGAAGUUGGACAGUUGGGUACAUGGAUUGGGAUUUGCAGGCACGGAUGCAAAUGACGUGCAAUGUUGUCUUAAAUGAGCUAAACAGGUUCUUGAACUAAUAUCAUAUUUGUCUGGAUAUCACAGUUUGCUAACUAUAGGCACGCCUUAAAUAUUUUUUGAAAAAAAAAAAACUCAUAACGGUCAAUACAGUUUAAAGAGUUCUUGAAAAUGGCAAAUUUAUUAAAAGUUCAAAAAAAAAUGAAAAAGCACUGAAAAUGAAACUUUGAAUGAAUUUUGAUGAAAAAAAAAAAAGAGUAACAGAAUUCAAAUUUACAGUAGUUGAUACCAACAAAAGAUAUGAAACUAAGAAGCACCGAAUCAGGAAAUUUAAGCUUUUCUAGUACACCGGCAAUACGGGUUGAUACUCUUAACCGGCCCUCAAUUUAAUGAACAUAGUAAUAAGAUAAUCGUUUGAGGUUUUAAGUAGUUUUAGUUGUUUUAACUGUGUAGUCGAGUCAUAGACCUAGAUUUGCCACAACUCGAUUUCAAUGCCUUGGAGGACAUAGAGGAGCACUCUCGCAAAAUUGCUGUAUUAACCCACGUGAUGUGCUAUUUAGCGAUUUCUUAAUUAUGUUGUUUUUACCUUACCUAGUAAUAUUUAGCCCAGUUUUCUGAAAACAUAGUCGGUAGUUCGCAUUUUAUACCUAGUCCGUGUUUUAUACCCAGUUCGAAGACCGUAUUCCGCAGUCCGUAAUGCACAGUCAAAGUCCUCCUCUUCUCUACCGCAUGACCGUACUGAAAUCAGUUUGUGAAUUCGAGAGAAUCAUCGUUGCGGUGUGAAAAUUGCUUCAAUAUUUAUUGCAUAUUCAAAUAGUAUUUCGCAACGCAGUCGUCUCUUGCUUCGGUAAGUUUACAAGUGAGCUCACUGGUUCCAUUAUAAAUGAACUCGUUGGUCAGUUUGAUUUGUUGUGGUGAACCUGUCGAUUCGACAACUGUGAACUCUUUGCUUAGGUCAAAAAAUAAAUCAGGGGAAGCUAUUCACGGCUUUUAAAUUGUCUUUUAAAAAAGACAAUUUCAAAACAUAGCAACAUAACAAACCAAUUAUCCAGUCAAAAUUGCUUGCACCGGCUUCCUAUUCUAUCGAUUUGCCCAGCCGAAAAGCACUUUGCCUUUCUACAAUCUACGCGGUAUCUUUAGUCUGUGUUCGACCCAACCUGACUUGCACGUGAUUUGAAGUUGUAGCCAAUAAAAUCGCACCAUUUUUCGGGACCGGCACGGGAUACGGGAAAGUUAAAAAACAUGCCAAUUUGUGACUACGAUGACAACGAAAUUCGACCGAAUUUUAGACGCUGGCUGACUACGUCAUCCCGCGUAACAAGUGGCUCAGAUAUUCGAAGGUAGCCUACUCGAUCGCUAUUAAGAGUAAGGUGCCAAAAGUGGAGUGAUCUGAGUCUACGAUAUAACGAGCCCUUUUUUCGUGUAUAACGAAAUCCCCAAAUGACAUGGCAUUCUUGGACCCUGUUAUAGUAAAACUUAGUCUACUGGAUCCGAUAUAAUGUUCUCCUGUCAUGACGGCCGAUCCCUGCCGUCCCUUUGCCGGAAUUUUGUUAUAUCGGGAUUUAUCUGUAUUUGAUUCAAUUACAACCCCGUUGGUAAGGCAAGAUGCUUUGAAAAGUAAGUUGUUUCUUGUAUGAGAAGGUAUUUUCGAGGCUUUUACCCAUUGGUCCUCUAUGUAAGUCUGCAACGCUUACAACAAAUGCGACUCCAAGACUCUGCCUAAGAUACAAAAGAUUGCUUUCAAUAAGUUGGAACAACUGACAGCCAGCGAGUAACGUACUGGCAAAGUUUAUGCCUCAUCGACUGUUGAAAUGCUGGAUAGUUAAAUGUUACAUUGCCUAAGAUCCGAGAAAGAUACAACUUUAAUAGCUACAUCGUGGGUUUUAUUCUUUUUAGGUAUCAAGAUGUUCAUACUCAGGCAUACAUUAUGGUUUUUGCCACCCAACGUUGGCUUGGAGUACGCUUGGAUUGUCUCUCUGCUGUUUUGACGGGUGCAGUGGCUCUUGCGGCAGUUUUUGUGUCCCAAGAUGCUGGUAAAUGUAUAUAGUUGUAAAAUGUAAUCAGAAAUGUAAAAUAAUAAUUAAAUGUUAAUACGUUUUAGGACGCCUGCGUUAUUUAAAACGACUGACGCUUCUCGAACGACGAUUGGUUAUGUUGCCAAGUUAUAUUUACUUUCGUUGGGGUAGGUACAAGAUGAGGUGAGGUAAGACAAUAUGAAUUUUGUUCCAGUUUGUAAAAGCAGCCAAAUUCUCAAGUUCUCGGACGAGCUGGAGCGCCAGGGAGACCUUCGGCAAUAAAAACAAAACAGGUCAAAUUUCUCCAGUCUUGACAAUUUGAAACAAGAUUUUUACUUUUCCUUACAUGACAUAAUGUCCAAAAAACUAAAAAAAAAUUGUAUUUUGUGUUUUACGAACCAGGUCUUAUUAUCCGUGUUUCCCUUCGUUUUUGUUUCAGUUUUUGCAGGCCUUGGAUUGGUUUACAUCGUCCAAAGCGUGUCGAUGACUCAAUCCGCAUUUAAGAAAUCAGUCGUGGUCGAAACUCUGAUGACAUCAGUUGAGCGAGUAAUGACGUACACCGAACUUGAAUCUGAACCUGGAUACAAAGUGGAACAAAAUCCCCCGAAAAACUGGCCAAAUGAGGGAAAUAUCGUAUUUAAAGACGUAUCCUUGAGGUACUAUCCGGGUGGUCCUCAAAGUUUAAAGAAUAUUACACUUAAAAUCAAUGGAGGAGCUAAGAUCGGAAUUGCAGGCCGAACGGGUGCAGGAAAAUCUUCUUUCGUGGCGGCACUAAUGCGCAUGCCUGAAGCUGACGGAGACAUCUUGAUUGACAAUGUUAAUAUAAGUAGCAUCAACCUCCAAGAAUCUCGACGGGGAAUAACCGUUCUCGGUCAAAAUCCUGCCCUUUUUAGUGGAUCGUUGAGGCAAAAUCUUGAUCUGAUGGAGCAGUUUCAAGACACGGACCUAUGGAGAGCUUUGGAAGAGGUGCAGCUGAAAAGUCUUGUAGAAAAUUUGGACGGUCAGUUAGAUCAUGAAUUGUUAGAGAACGGUGCAAAUUUAAGUGUUGGAGAAGGGCAACUUAUCUGCUUGGCUAGGGUGUUUUUGCACCAAAAGAAAAUCAUCAUUUUGGAUGAGCCCACAGCACAUGUGGAUCCAGAAACAGAGCAAAAACUCUGGAACAUAGUGCGCGAGAAAUUGAAAAACUCCACCGUUAUCACUGUUGCACAUCGUUUGAACACAAUACGAGACUAUGACAAGAUUUUACUUUUAAGGAAUGGGCAGGUCGAUGGGUUUGAUAGUUUUGAUGUAGUAAUGAAGAAUAGAAAUGGAGGCUCAAUUUCCGAUUGA